ACCGCUAUUGGCUGAGCUCCCGUGGCACGUAAUCAUUUCGUCGUCAGAAAACUGCGCGACUUUAAUUUGAAGUGUUUCAAAAACUGUGGCAGGAAUCAGGAAAGAAGAUUCGUGAAAGAAUUAAAGGUGAAAACUGCCUCUGGAUGGAAGCGGGAGACUUGUCUGAGGGAGAGGCUGGGGGAUCGAUUCAUUCCCUGGUACCUGUGUCUGGAAUGACCCCAGGAUGUGGUGAGGGUGGAAGUGCUGGUUCGCCCCAGAGCCAGGGCAGUGCCUCCUCGGUACCAAAACAGGCAGAGAGAGAAACCUGGACCAGACAGAUGGACUUCAUCAUGUCCUGCGUGGGUUUUGCUGUAGGCUUGGGAAAUGUGUGGCGCUUUCCUUACCUUUGCUACAAGAAUGGAGGAGGAGUGUUUCUAAUCCCCUACUUGCUGAUGGUGUUCAUCGGGGGCAUCCCCGUCUUCUUCCUGGAAAUCGCUUUGGGGCAGUUCAUGAAGCAGGGAGGUGUUUCCGCCUGGAACAUCGCACCACUUUUCAAAGGUCUGGGCUUGGCUUCAAUGGUGAUUGUGUUCUUCUGCAACACCUACUACAUCAUGAUUCUGGCGUGGGGUCUCUUCUUUCUCUUCCACUCAUUCACCAACCCGCUUCCUUGGGCCACCUGCGGCCACGCUUGGAACACACCCAAUUGCACAGUCAACUUCAGCAGCAACUGCCACAGCAACAGUGCUGACUCAUCUGUUGCUCAAAACCUGUCCUCAAACUUGUCACUCCUUAACAGCUGCAUGGAGACGGGAGGCAUGCGCUCCCCAGUCAUGGAAUUCUGGGAACAUAAAGUUCUCCAUCUGUCGAGCGGGCUCCAUGAACCGGGUACUAUGAACUACGAGGUGGCGCUAUGCCUCCUUGCCACCUGGGUCAUUGUUUACUUCUGCAUAUGGAAAGGCGUUAAAUCCACAGGCAAGGUUGUAUACUUCACGGCCCUGUUCCCGUAUGUUGUUCUGGUUAUUCUUUUGGGGCAUGGCGUGACUCUCCCUGGAGCAGUAAAUGGGAUUGAAUACUACCUGAAACCAGAUUGGUCCAAACUGGGAGAAGCACAGGUGUGGAUUGAUGCUGGUACCCAGAUUUUCUUCUCAUAUGCUAUCGGACUGGGUGCCCUGACUGCACUUGGCAGCUAUAACCGCUUCUAUUACAACUGUUACCAGGAUGCGUUUGUGCUGGCGGUUAUUAACAGCGGAACCAGCUUCUUUGCAGGCUUAGUCGUGUUCUCUGUGUUGGGCUUCAUGGCUAAAGAGCAAGGCGUGGACAUCAGUAAGGUAGCUGAGAGUGGACCCGGCCUGGCAUUUAUAGCCUACCCCAAGGCUGUGACUUUGAUGCCCUUCGCACCAUUCUGGGCAGCGCUUUUCUUCUUUAUGUUACUUGUACUCGGCCUGGACAGUCAGUUUGUUGGAGUAGAAGGUUUCGUAACUGGAAUCAUGGACAUGCUUCCACCCAAGUCCGCCCUGGGCUCCUUUCGGAGAGAGGUGGUUGCUGCCAUCUGUUGUGUCAUCUGCAUCCUCAUUGACAUGUCCAUGAUCACGGAGGGAGGGAUGUAUGUGUUCCAGUUGUUUGACUACUAUUCUGCCAGCGGCAUCACUCUGCUGUGGCAGGCGUUCUGGGAGUGUGUAGUGAUUGCUUGGGUCUAUGGCGCGGAUCGUUUCAUGGACGAUGUGGCUCGCAUGAUCGGCUAUCAGCCCCUUCCCUACAUGAAGUGGUGCUGGUCCUACAUCACACCCAUUGUCUGCAUGGGAGUUUUCCUGUUCCAUGUGAUCAACUACGAGCCCCUAACCUACAAUAAUGUGUACACAUACCCAUGGUGGGGUGAACUCUUUGGAUGGGUUUUGGCCCUUUCCUCUAUGCUUUGUAUCCCACUCACUGUUGUGUACAAACUGCUGCGCGCCAACGGAUCACCUCGAGAGCGAUGGAAACGCCUCAUAACCCCACGAUGGGGCAGACAUCACCUGGAGUAUCUUAUUGCGGAGAAUGAAGGCAUGCUGCUGCAGGCAGAGAGCAAGAAUGUUCGUCUGUCAGAAGUGUCAUCUGAUGCACAAAGCAAGUAGCAAGUAUCAACACAACAGUGGCUACCAUCUUGGUGGAACUUUCGAAAAAGAUCUGCCUCUAAAAUUCUUCAUAAUAAAUAAAUUCAUGAAAUUCCAUUGAUUACUAAAGAGCAAGACCAAAACUACUGCCAGCAUGGCUCCUCCCACAAUUAAUGUUGUAUUUGCACGAAUUAAGACAAAUUUAAAGACAAAAUUUGACAAAUUCUUCUAGUGAAAGCUCGACAGCUCAAAAGAAGUCUGAACAUGCCUAGACAUGUUCUUACAUGGUUUAACGGUCAUUAUUGUUCGUGUGAUAAUUGUUUUUAUUUUCUUUUGAAUGUUAUGAUGAAAUAAUAACAUGGUAAUUACUUCGUAUUAGAAUAGCAAUUAUAUUACAGUAGAAUGCUUUGAAAUUGCUUUUGUGUGAAGAAAUGACUUUGUGCAUUGUUACUCUCUGAUAAUGUCACAUGAUGUAUAAGAAAUGAACAAGAUUUAAGUCCAUUGUCUACAAGAGAGGAAUUGUGGCAAUAUGAUGCAUGCUACUUAGCGCUGCUACGUUAUAAUGAUAGAGUGCAGAGAGGGACAUGGAGCUACGGGAGGAAAUCCAAAACUACUUUCCUCUUGCACAAUUUUAUUUUAACUAGUUUUCUUGAGCACCAAGAAAGCACCAAGAAAACAGUUUUCUUGGUGCUUUGUUUAAUCCCAACGGAAAUUGGAUAUUACGAGGCAGUUACUUCGGUAAGAAAACUAAGGAAGUACUCUAUGCUCGCUUGUUCUCUGAGAAAAGCAUGUCCUAAUCUUCCUGAAACCCAAGAAACCUUACCACUAAUUCGAACUUGAGGCAUUUUUGACUUGAUCACUCUUAAAGAAAACUCACCAAAAAUAGACCAGCAUUUAACCACAUUUAUUCUCUUUACCCAUUCAACUGUGGUACCUUUUUUUUUUAUUACCGGUACAUUUAAUUUCAGUUUUUAAUCAAUCAGAAUUUAAUCAAUAUAAUCAAAGCAAUGAUUUUGUGAUUUCCGUGGAUUACCAAUUGUAACUCACAUCUGGCAGGUUCAACGGUUAAUUUAUGGAUAUUAUUCGGAUGAUUGUCAUUUUAAUAAAUCUCUUGCAUUCGAUAAAA